UUAAGAUUUGAGUUCUAGGGUUUUAGAAGAGAAAGAUACGAAUGCUUAGCCUAUAAUUUAUGUACGCUGUGUAUUCAAAACUACUUUAUAAUCAGCCGAAAAUAAGACGUUCGUCUACAGCAGCAUCGUGCCGGCUGGACACACGGGCUUCAGGCUGCUGCCAUCCGGCUGCCUCAUCGAGGGCAUGUGCAGCGGCUACAGCAAGGUGUGACAUCAUCUAGCCCGUCGGUGACAUUUGGAUCAUAACACAAUCAUUUGGAUCACCUUCGCAAUGUGUGACAUCAUCUUCUAUUUCAUGGUCACUUGGAUUGUACAUGUGGAGUACGACGAGACCACCGUGCCGCAGCUGUUCAGACCGUUGUUCCACUCCGGGCAAGCCCUCGGCGCGCGCCCCUGCCUCUGUUUGUUCCAGAGGCAGUGCGAGCAUUUGGCCGUUCUACGCUCCUGCCCUGUUCCAAGUAGCGACAUCACAGCUGCAGCCGAUGGAAGAAGGGGCGUCUUGGAGCUGGCUCGGAGGAUGAUGGCGAGCUUCGUCGCGGCCUUCUAUGGGCCGUUCACCCUAGCGUCAAGCUGCAACGACGAGUGGCGUGGCUUUUGUGGUACUGGCGCCGAGAGGAUUGAGGCACCCGUGCUCAUUGUGACAUGGGGUGCUGAUCGUGUGCCCGAAGAGGCAGCAGGCCUGGUGCUGAGCGCCACCACGACGGUCUGGCUGCCCAGCACGCCGCCACAGCGUGUGUUCCAUUACCUCUGCGAUGGGCGGCGCCGUGGUGAGUGGGAUACCCUCGCCAAUGGUGCCGCAGUGCAGGAGUUGGGCUCUGUUGACACGGGCACCGGGCACCGGCAACCUCCAUGGCAAUGCCGUCUCUGUCCUCCGCCCCGCUUACUCAUGGAACCAACAGCAAGAUGCUGAUCCUGCGAGAGGCGAGAACUGACGCCUCAUGCUCUCUGGUGGUCUAUAGUCCAGUUGAGAAAAACUUGAUGCUUGCCAUCAUGAACGGCAGCGACCGCACCUCCAUCCU